AUGGGUGAGAAAACCACGGACAGUGGUGCGGAGGCUUACCUGCGGCUUGCCUCCAAACUGAAAUGGAAGCACUUUGCCCGCGGGCACUCCUCUCUCUCGCAGAAGAGAGCGGGCGUAGUGGAGGAAAAGGUCGCCGAGUGCGCUUCAGAGCUGCCCAUGCGUUUGCCCAUGAAGAAGCUAAAGCGCGGCCAUGACAGUGAUAGUGACGGCGACAGCGACAAUGUCGCUUCCCCUCGUCUUGCCGCUGUGACCCCUGCGGCGGCGGCUUCCAUUUGUUCUUCCUUGCAUUCCCGUCCUCCUGCCGAGAAGCCUCGCAACGGUGCAAAGAUCACUUUGAUGGAGAAGUGGUUUCCCGGGCGUACACUAGGCAACGCUACUCUCGACGCAGCUCAGGCGCCAACAGUGGACUACACGGAGUUGUCCGUGGCGCGUAUGAACGCCGCGCGCGAGCGUCUCCUAGCGUUGCGUAGUGGGGUAGAAGAUGUGGUGAACUAUGCCUCGCUGAACGGCGACAGUGACGCCGUCGAUGACACGACGGACUGGAAUUGGCUGGAAUUGCGGGACGCGUUGUCGCAACUUACUUCGCGUGACGCAUUUCGCACGAAGAAACGUGUUGUCAGUGCUGUGAGGUGGUUGUCCGCUUCCAAAGCUUUAUCGAGAGGUGUUCCCGACUCAUCUACACCGCGGCUCUGGGAGACGUACCUGCGCGAGCAUGGUCCGGAAUGCGGUCAUGCACCGCCGCUCUCACUCUUGGUGUGGCUAGAUAGCGCGUGCACAACGGCCCUGUUUACUGCUUUGGUGAACCAGAUGCUGAAGUGGUAUAAACAGGGGAUGAAACCAGUGACACAUGCGUCUCAUCCGUUGGAAGAAAAUGUUGUGGAACGCGGCGAAAGCCCCGAUGUCGAUGAUGAGGAACAGGAAGAAAGAAAUUAUGGCGAGGACGUCUUAGAACCUCGUGACGUAAUGGAGGAAAAUAAAAAGGUGACGAAUGUACAUCAUAACCGACCCGCGUUGUUCACAAGCCUACCACCGCUGUAUGAUAGUGGCGCCAGCGAAGACACAAUUUCCCUCCUCUCGUUUUUGCGCGUCCUUAUGCCCGUUGAUGUGGAGGAUGCAUCUGGGAACUUCAUCCAUCGCUCCACUGGCUAUGGGAUCUGGCUGUACGCCUGUUUGUCUGCUGUGGACACGCCACUGGAGCCGGACUUAGAUCGACUAGUCCACGAGCUUUUUCGGGUCUGCUGUCAGCAAAUCCGGACGUUGGGUGAGGCGCAUGGGAUUCAGGGCGGAAACCGCGGGGCCAUUGUUCACGCCUUUGCCCCACGCAGCGGUGACAACGCCCCUCGCAGAGCGUACAACGCAAUGGGUGAUGUGAGGAGGGAGGAUGUUUUGGCGCUCCACACCCUCAUUAUUGUUCUUGCAAAGCUGUUCCGACAGAAUCAAAACCGGCUAAUUCCUCUCUAG